UCAGCCAGUGCACGGGCACUUUCGUAGUUUCGCACUUUCGCUUUUACAAACAGAAAAUGUGUUUAUUACAAUAAAUCAUGUUUAAAAUCCUGUAAACUUCAUUCUUUUACACAUUCCAGCAUAAAUAUUAUAAAAAUGGAGGUGACUGGAGGCGCAGAAGAGGGUUUCGUCCGGGAAUGGACACCUUGUUCGCAUAUUUUGAAUCUCAUACCUCCUCGGAUCCAAAAUGGGUUGUUUUCUAGUGAAUUGUGUUUGACUUGUGUGGAUGCGUGCAGCGAGUACAUAGCGCUGGGCACGAACGUGGGGCUGGUGUACUGGUACGACAGGAAAAAGGGCAACAUUCAGCGGCUGCGAUGCGAGGCAACAACAAGCCCCAUCACAUUUGUGAAGAUAGUAAGCACGGUGGACUACAUGGUGGGGGCAGGGAACGCCGCGGGACAAGUCACUGUUUUCCAAAUACCGAAGGAGCACCCAGAGAAUGUACCUGACACUUUCAAACCCAAAGUGGAACCAAAAGUAGAAAGGUACACAAUAGGCGAUCUUCACAAGAGCAAGAUAACAGCGAUAGAAUGGUCCAAGAAUGGGAUGCGGUUGUUCUCAGGGGACAAGAACGGAGUUAUUAUUAUGACUGAAAUUGACUUCUAUAUGCACUUAUGCAAAUCAAUGGAGAUAGUGAACGAGGAGCACGAGAUAGUGCAGAUGAGUUAUUACCAGAACACGCUGCUCGUGUCUAGUAUGUACCGCAGCAUCGUGUGCGAGCGUCGCGACACUCGGUGGCACAUCAAUCAGUUGGGGAAAAAGGAGCGGAAGAGCCUGUGCGCGCUGGGCGCGGUGUUCCAGUACUCGUACGCGCGUGGCGGCGCCGCGGCCGCCUACUGCGCCCGGCCCGGCCUGCGGCUGUGGCGCGCGGACAAGAGCGGGGACGUGCUGCAGACGCUGCUCUUUAAGGAGGCGAUAUCGAACCCGCUAACAGUGGCGGAGCUCCUUAACCCGUCGCAGAAGAAGCACUCGCUCACGGACACGGAGUACAACCUGGGCCCCCUGUUCGUGUUCCGCGAACACUUCCUGGUGUCCCACAACGAGCACAUACUGUACAUACUCGACCCGAGGUCACUGACCGCCGUCGCCGUACUAGAUGACUUAAGAAGGAUUCUGUCGGUAUGCGUGAAUAAGGAUGAGAUCUUCGUGCUGGAGGGUCCGCGCUCGCUGGUGCGCCUCGCGCAUGCGCCCGAGCCCGCCGCGCUCGCCGCAGAAGACCCGUUGAAUCUCAUGACGAAAUCGCUCACCAACUCUCUCCAGCAUGCAGUGAACACCGUGAGAGACCUCACACACUUAGACCAAACAGUACCUUACAUAACCAGCGUACUGGAACAACCUAUAUCCAUGUUCACAAAGAACGAAGUAGUAGACUCCACUGUGGCAAGCGCUGAAGAAUGCUUCGAACUACCCCCCAUAAAACACCUCCCAACUGAUCUAUCAAACAACGUACUCGAAUCUAUUAUAAACGAGUUCAAAGACGUGUCAAGCGAGACCGAGGAAUUGAGGAGGAUUAAAUCCGAGGAGAUUGAGAGGAAGUUUAAGCUGUAUAGUAGUAUUAUGGAGAAGAAGUACGAUGAAGAUCUGAUACAUAGUAGUCGGAGGAGUAAGGGGCGGUCGGGGGGAUCGACGCCGCGCGUCGCGACGCCCGUGAGGAAGCACGACGUCAGCUACACCAGUCCGUGUGUCAUGAACGUCAGUGUUUGUGGAAACAUCGAUCAACAAAACGACGAUCUUCUAGAAAAGCAAAUAGAAGAAAAAGAAAAGAUACUAGCAAAAAUGCUAAAUUUGGAGUCUCUAAGCAUCUCACAAAAAGUCGAAGAAGACAACAGGGACCAUGGCGAUGUUAUUGAAACUUACAACAAGCAAAACUUAGACGAAAAACCGGUAAUUGUGAAAAAUAAGGAACAACAAAAACCGGUAAACAACAAAGAUGUCAUAAAAAAAGACAAUUCAGCUGACUUGAUUCCUAAAAUUGUGAAAUUGCCGAACAAUUGGAAUUUGGAAAAUAUUGAAGUACAAUUAGAUAUACAGUCGAAUGGUAUUAGAAAUGCAAAGAAUUUAAUUUCACCAGACGACAAUUUGGAUGGUGAUUGGGAAAUAAUCUGAUGUCGAUUAAAUUUAGCACCAUAAAAAAUAUAAAACACACAAAGAGGUUAUUUGCAAUUAAUAACUUGUAAUGUUUGUUUAGGAUAAUCUAAUCUAAAAAUACAUCACAACUGCUGGAAAGUUACUGACAAAGUAUAAGUAUACUAAACCAUAAUUAUAUUUCACGAAAUGUAUUUUGGUGGCGGUGUAACAAUUUUACUGCCUAUAUAAAAUGCAUUUAAUAUAAUGUGCUGUAAAAUACCAUAAUGAGAAAGAUAUUCUUUCGAGAUUUUCCCGCCAUUUUCGUACUAGAGUUGUCCUGUUUUUAUUAUUUUUUUAGUAAACAUCCCGGUUUUAUUGCUUAUUCUAAAAAUAAGUAACUUUUCAGUAUUGGUAUAUAAAACACGUAUCUAAAUAAGCGAUGAAGAACAAUGCAUUUACUCGAGGCUUUGAUUAAAGCUUUUAGAUGUAAAAUUAUAAGACAGCUGAAUAGUUAUAAUUUAAAUAACUACGUAUAUAUUUUAUAUACUGUGUCCUUCAUGUUAGAUAUAAGUAUUUGUAUAUAUCGGUGUUGAACGUACGACUUUUAUUUUGUCGUUUUAUAAUUUUAGUUUGGAUUUGACUUAUUACGGUUAGGUCUAAUAUGAAUUUCUUAUACAUAUUUCCCUGUUUUAUAUACGUAUAUUUUUUUAUUUCGUUAUAUUUUACCGAAUUAUAUUGUUUUAAAUUGAAACGUAAACUGCUCUCAUGACUUACUUGUUGAUCAACUUUUUUUCGUUUGUUUUACCGCCUUUAAAUGUAGGUGGUUAGAUAGUGUAUUUUAAAAUUUAUUUUCAUAUAUUUUUGUUUGUAUAUUACGUCGUUUCGUUACUAAUUUUAUUUCUGUUACUUUUAAUCUUUACACCUCCUGAAUGAACUUUGUCUAAUUUGAGUUUUUACGUAGAUAAUUAAAAAGUGUAGAAUUAUCACUAUAACUUCACCUAGAUACAAGACAACACAGUUAAUAUUAUUCACAAUUGCUCAGCGAAUAGCUAUUUUGACUGCAUAGGUAGCUGGAAAUAUAUAAUAAAAAAGAUAUGUGCAUAUUAUGAAUUAUAAUAUAACUUAGGAUUUCGCUCGACGCACAUUGAUUUUCAUUAUUGAAUGAGAUGAGUACUAUGAGUAGUAUUAUAUUUAUUAUUCAUUUCAAAAAUCAUUAUUCUUUACUUUUAAAAACUUUAUUUAACAACUUGGCAAGAAAGAAUAGAAAGUGGACGUUAUGAGAAUUAUAAUUGGUCGAUGGUCUGGUAUUAUGUAAGUGUUGCCAUUUAGGUUGGAACUUUCUACUGAUCUUGCCAAACUGGGGGGUUAAAAAGCCACAUCGAAGUAAUUCAUCUAAAAAAGAAAUGCAAUUUGACAUUUGCGCAUAUAAAAAUAAGUGCGCAUUGCAAACAAAUGUCAAAUAGCAGGUAGUUUUUUUAGAUGCAUUGCCUCGAUGUGGCCUUUAUAAUAACCCCCCUGAUAUAAAAGUGUUAUCAAGAACCAGCAUCAAUCACAACACUCGUAAGUCUUUUGUAGUAUACUGUUUCCAUGAAUGUGUCAUUUUUCUUUAUAACAGUCAUGGUAUAAGAAAACCAGGUAUGCUCAAAAGUGACAGCUAACAUUUGAAGGAUAACUCAGCUGACGUCAUCCCACUCUACGAUGCCAUUUCGUAAAAAAUAAAUUACCCACGGCCAAUGUUUUUAUAUUUACUUUGCAAGGAAAUUAUGAACUUUAGUAAAAUGGUUACUUACAGUUAUAAAGAUUUUCAUAUAUGUGACAAGUAAUAGUAAUUAAAUACAUAGUCAGUAAUUCACCUAAUUUUCAGUAAUAAAAUUGACAUCUUUGGAAUGUUGGAGAUAAGAUAUCAAUUUAAUGGUAACACUUACGUCAUCCGUUAAAUUAAUGACAGGCUUAAAAGGCUACUAGGCCAGAGCCGUUAAACCCUUUCCAAAAAAAAAAAAACAAAGGGCUAGCAAUGGCGGCUUGUUAUAGGAUUGAGCAUACCUGGUUUUCUUAUACCAUGAUAACAGUAACAUUUUAGUCAAUUGUCAAUAGAGAUACCUACACUUGUUAUGUGUGAUAUUGCAGAACCCGUAUUGAUCACUUUAGUACAAUAAGGUUUAGACUUUCACAACUAGUUAGUACUUAUAUGAUUCCUAGAUUUUUUACACCCCUACACGCUGAAUACGUUAUAAAUAAAUGCAGUUUAUUUAAUUCAUGCUAAGUACAUGUCUCCUCCUUUCUUUGGGCCAAUGUAGCUCAUGGACCGUAGAAAUAGGCUGGACUAUUUUGCACUCUAGACAAAUGAGAUAUUUUUUACGACACGUCAAAACGAAAUUUUUCUAUUGAAUUCGUAUGGAAAACCUAUCCAGGUAACGUCAUCAUAAAAACGGUCAAAACUCAUUGUUAUUUAAUUCGUAAUUAAAAUUUGGAUUUUAGUCAAAAAUAAUACAUAAUUAAAAUAUUUUUUUGAUCGUCUUAGUCUGGCUUCUAUUUACCUUUCACCCAGUCAAAUACAAUCUAACACUGAGUGUUAUUUCGUUACUUUUUCGGACAAAUAUUACUAUAUAGAUUCGCGUAGGUCUGUAAUGGGCCAUGUUGUCCUAUCGGGAAGAGGAGACAUCACGGUAUUCUUGUAUACCUCAGAAUAAGUAUGGAGUGCCAUUGACGAGAACAAGGAAAGCGAACGUGCAGCAUUUAAAUAUAGAUCUUAUGCCCUGAACCUGUGUUAAUUAAUCAUAGAACUUGUAAUAUAAACAUGGAAGCAUUCUUGUGGUUCAAAAGUGACGCAACGAAAAUCGUACCGCGGGGGGCGGGACUUCAAAAUCAUACCGUCAUAUAAAUGCCUGGCUUUAAUUGCUGUGGUAUGAAUGUAUAAAUCGGCACGCGGUUUUUGUCACUUACCGGUACGUCGACGAAACAGCACAGAUUAAAUAGCGAUAUAAAAUCAAAAACUUUAACGUGUUCUUUUUAUUUUCGUGUAUAAUUAUAUUGUGCUACUGUGACUGUGUUGUUUGUGUGAGUUUAGGCGUCAAUAAUCACAUAUAUUUGUUGUAUACAUUCGUGGGGUUAUAGUCUAACCUAACCUAUAUGUCUGUAACUUGUUGUGGAUACUUAACAAAUAAAUAAUCAACUGCACCGACUAUCCAGAGACUGCAUCCAUGUUUAUUUUUGUUCGCAGUUCAUAAUAUGUAAUGAGCUCAAAGACGAUGUUUAAAACAAAAGACAGUGACAGAACACAGCUAAAGUGAAACUUAGCCACGCCUUCUAGGAAUGAGUAAUAAAUAAUAUGAAUAAUUAAAACACAUAAACCGCGUAAACUUAAAACAAUGUAUAAAUAAUAUGAAUGAUAUAUUUUUUCGGCGGAUAAGAAAAUGACAGGUAUAACUUAAAAUUAGGAGGUGUCUGCAGGAAUCCGGGUCAGUAUGCAUUUAUAAUUCGUUCUUUCUUCAUCGCAGAACACAGACUAGACAAGGGCGAACUAUAUUUGAUAUAAUAUACUCAUAUAAUGGUGCUAAUUCCUGUAAAUACCAUCUAAUUUUAUUUUAAGUUAUAUCUGUCAUUUUCUUAUCCGCCGAAAAGGAAAGGGACGGGUAAUCGACAAGCAUAAAAUUUAUGGAACACACGUCAAUUUUAAGCACAAAUCUAAACCAACCGUCUAAAAAUUUUACGUCCGUCAAUAAUCCGACACAGUUAAGUAGACAGCACGUCAAACGGAUUGCAUACCAGCGACGUACCUUUUGAUUCGCCCGGGUUAUUCAUUCAUUUACUCACAUUCUUCCUAAAAUUAAGAGCUAAUAAUUAUAUUAUAAGAGUCGCAGUCUCUCAUAAGUUGGAGAUAUAUUAAAAAUGCGAAAUAAGUAUACACAAAAAGGAGUGCAAUACAAAAGGCGUUCUGGCUCUGCAGCUAUUUCUCCCAGGCAUCAAAUUACUAUUAUACAUUAGUAUUACCAGGGGGGGUUAAAAUGGCCACAAAGCAAUUCAUCUAUGAAAGCAAUAUUGCAAUUUGACAUUUGCGCAUUUAAAAGUAAGUGCGCAAUGCAAACAAAUGUGGUGACGUGGCCAUUUUAACCCCCCAGAUUUAAGACGCAGGAUGUUAUAACAUGAAAAUAUGAGUGUUUUUGUUUUGUCACUGCCAUUGUUUAAGGUGAGCAUUUCAUUACGAUUGCUGCACAGGUCACCUAGGGUUACCCAAUGCAAGAAUAAAGUUUGUGAUAUUUUUGUGUGCUGUAUUUUACAACUCGCUUAAUAAAGUGUUUGAAAAUA